AUGGCUCCCACGGUGCUUCACCUCCGCAGUGAGACCAAGCCCCUCGAGCACAGAUCUGCCCUCACCCCCACAACCACCGCCGCCCUCAUCAAGGCCGGCUACGUCGUCAACGUCGAGCGUUCCCCAGAGAGAAUCUUUGACGACAGCGAGUUCGAGGCCGUCGGCGCCACCCUCGUUCCCGAGGGCAGCUGGGAGGAGGUCCCCAAGGAGCACAUCAUUGUUGGUCUCAAGGAGCUCGAGGAGAAGGAGUUCCCCCUCAAGCACGUCCACGUCCAAUUCGCCCACUGCUACAAGCACCAAGCCGGCUGGGAAAACGUCCUCGCCAGGUUCCCCCGAGGAGGCGGCACCCUCCUCGACCUCGAAUUCCUCGUCGACGAACGCGGCCGCCGCGUAGCAGCCUUUGGCUUCCACGCCGGAUUCGCCGGCGCCGCGCUCGCCCUCGAAGUCUGGGCCCACCAACUCACCCACCCCCCCUCCUCUCCCUUCCCCGGCGUAGCCUCCUACCCCAACGAAGACGCCCUGAUCACCAACGUCAAGAAGGCCCUCGCCACCGGCACCGCCGCCGCCGGCCGUUCCCCCCGCGUCAUCGUUAUCGGCGCCUUGGGUAGGUGCGGUUCCGGCGCUGUUGACGCCCUCCGCAAGGCUGGUGUCCCAGAGGAGAACAUCCUCAAGUGGGAUAUGGCCGAAACCGCCAAGGGUGGUCCUUUCAAGGAAAUCACCGACUCCGACAUAUUCGUAAACUGCAUCUACCUCACCUCCAAAAUCCCAAACUUUGUCAACCUCGACUCCCUCCAGGUCCCCGACAGAAAACUCUCCGUCGUCUGCGACGUCUCAGCCGACACCACCUCCCCCUUUACCCCAGUGCCGAUCUACACCGUCGCGACUACAUUCGACAAGCCCACCGUUCCCGUCGAGGGCCUCUCUUCUGGACCUGCGCUUUCGGUGAUUUCUAUUGACCACCUCCCUUCUCUUUUGCCAAGGGAGGCGUCUGAGGCUUUUAGCCAUGACCUCUUGCCCUCGCUGCUCACCCUCAACGACUGGCAAAACUCGCCUGUGUGGGCUAGGGCCAAGAAGCUGUUUGACGAAAAGGUUGCCACGUUGCCUGCGAGCGCGUUGGAGAAGUAG